GUUGUACACCACUUCCUGUAUGGGCUUGUCAGUAUAUCACUAUACUGACAUAAAGAAACGCAACAUAACCUAACAGGAUACAUGGGCAAGACGAUGCUGAUGCGAUUUUAUUUAAUGCUGCUUUGUUUGUGGAUGAACAAAGAUUGCAUGAGCAGCUUGGACCCUCAGAUACCCUCUGAGACGCAUGUUGUUGCGUUGGGGGACGCCAUCACACUGAACUGUUCGUACAAUUGCGCCACUGGGUUUGUUCGGGGAUGCUGGAGGAAAGCGCCCGUCUCCUUCGACUGCUUUGGAGAAAAACUUAACGACAAAGACGGCUUUUGCACGGUAAAACUUCAUCUGGUCAACGUUUCCGCUGAAGAUCUCAAGUACACCUACUACUGCGACACGGAGGCAACAGAUCAGACUGAACUUCAACAGAAAAAAGAGCUUGUUGUGCAUCUAAAAGCUCAGACAAUUGUCAAAACCUGGACAGAAACCCCAACUACUGAAACAGGGGACUUUACAGAAAUCCAAGUUUUGGCGACCUUUUCCCUGGCGGUGGCGCUGGCGCUGGUUGCACUGGUUGUUUAUAUGUAUGUCAACCACAAGAGAUGCAGGGAGAAUGAGGAUGGUGCUGCGUACAGCUCAAGCUCACCACCGCAUUCCUGCGUUGUCGUCUCACCGCUGAAUGAGUACUCACAAAACCAACGUCUGACUUUGAGGGGUUCUAACCCAGAUUCGGACAACGAGAGUCAAACUGAGGUUCCGUAUGCUGACAUAAUCAUUACCGUCAGAGGAGUCAGUACACCGGAGCUCUCUCAGAUCAGCUACUUGACAACAGAAGAGCCACAGCAGUGGCGAGGAUGCGGACCCAGGGGUCACUGGCAGGCCUCGUGCUCAGCUGACAGGCUUCACCUGCCGCAGCCCAGAGAGGUCAGCCGCAAGAUGAGCACAAAUUCCGAGUACGCAGUCAUCAAGUAUGCCUGACCUGCUGGAAGAGGGACAAGAACAUGAGCUCAGUGCAUUCUGGACAGUCAACUUAAUAGACUGUUUAUGCAGUAAUUAAAUAAAUAA